AUGAAGAUUGAAGGUCGCACAUUCGUCGUCACUGGCGGCGCCUCUGGGCUCGGCCGCGCCACCGUCGACAUGAUUAUCAAGAACGGAGGUAACGCUGCCAUCCUCGACCUCAACGAGGGCCAGGGCAACAAGGCCGCCAGCGAACUAGGCUCCUCCGUCCGCUUCUUCCAGUGCGACGUUACCGAGACGGAGAGCAUUACCAAGGCCGUCGAAGGCACCGUGGCCUGGGUGAAGCAGUCGGGACGGCCCCUCGGCGGCAUCAUCCCCGCCGCGGGCGUCGGAAACCCUGCGACGAUCCUCGACAGGCACGGCGCUCCCUUUAGCCUCGACCACUUCGAUUUCGUCAUGAACAUCAACGUCCGCGGCACCAUCGACACCGUCCGCCAGUUCCUCGCGCACCUCGCCAAGGUGGACCCUUCUUCCCCGACAACGAGCGCGGCGUCGUCGCCUACGGCGCCUCCAAGGCUCCCCAUGGAGGCGGCCAUGUCGGAGAAGACGAGGGCCCAGCUGCUCAAGGCGACCGAGUACCCGCCCCGCCAGGGACAGCCGACCGAGUUUGCGCAGAUUGUACAGCAGGCUAUCGAGAACGUGAUGCUCAACGGUACCGUUUUGAGGCUGGAUGGUGCCUUGAGGCUACCGAGCAAGUUUUAG